UUGUUUUUUAUAAAUGUUUGAUGUUUUCACGGCCUACUAUAAAUAUAUUAUGUAGAAGAUAAAAGCAUUAAAGAAUUUCAAUGUUAAUAAUUUAAAUAAAUUAACAUAACAAGACGAACAUGACUUUUUAAAUAGAAGUAAAUUUGCUCUGCCGCGAAAUAAAUGUUUAUUAUAAAUUUGUAUUAAAUUUCAUAUUGCAAAAAAAAAGUAUACUAGACAACACUGUAAAAUGGUGAAUAGAAAUCUGCUCAUUUAUUUUCUUUGGCCGUUUCUUGCUCACGUCUGUCCCAACUGUCAUUGCUUGUCAACGUCAACUGCCAUGACAAAUUGUUUAUGGUGCCUGCCCAACCUGUCUUAAAAUUAUUUAUCUCUGGUUUCUCUGGUGCCGGUUCCAAUGUAAAUUGUUGUUAUUUGUGAAAAAAGAAGAUAAAUUGUAAUCAAAAGUCUUUAUUUCUAUAUCAGUCCUAAAUAUAUAGUGAUUAGAUUUUGUGUACUGUGGAUGUGAACUGCCACCCAGAGUUAAUGCCAAAGGGAAAGUUCAGAAAGUCAUUUCUUUUUCCAAGUUUAGUAGAACAGGAAAGACUUUAAACUAUUAAUACUGUGCAGCAGGAACAUUAUCUUUUAUUAAGAACUUUGUUGUUGGCCAGUUUGUGUUAUUGUGUGGAAUUUUUGUUUGUUUUAUAUUCUAAGUUGUGGUGAUCCUGUUAAUAAUUUGUGAAUUUGAGGUAUUGAGUGUAGUUUGUGUUGUAUUAAAGUAUUUCACAAAAAACUUUUUACUAUUCAACCUCAUAGUUGAUUCAUUAUACCUACUAUAAAUAACAAACCAAUGGUUUGAUGCGACGUUGAAUUUAGUGGUUAGUGGUUUUCAUUUUAAGUUAGUAGUUUAAGUGUCAUUUCCUUUGAAAUAAAAUCUGCUGCACAGUAUUUCUGGACAUUUGGACACUGGGAAACAUCAGAAAACUGUAAGAUGCCUAAAGUGAAGAAACAGUCAGCCAAGACUAAAAGGCUUAUACAGAAAGCCAGAAGAGCAGAAAAUAUAUUAAACCAGAGCAAGGACAGUUCUAUUGCCUUAAAGAAUAAUGCAUCAGAACAAGGCACAAAUAGAACGCAAAUUGAAGAGACAUGUGUAUGUAAAAAUACAAAUAAAAGAAAACAAACUGCUACAGAUAAUAAAUUAACACCUAAAAAGAAACCAAAAUUGACCAAAGAUUCAUCAAAUGGAAUACAAGAUAAGGUUCCCAUUGUUUGUUCUAUUAAAGACACUCUUAAAAAGAUAGAGAUUCCAAAAAAUCAACAAAUAGACACUAACAAAAAGGAACUUAAAAAGACCAAUGUAGAAUAUGAUGUUGAAAUGGUUUCUAAAGAUAACUCUACCAUACCUAUAUUAUUACAUAAGCCUACACCUUUUGAAUUGGCUAUACGAGAGGGACCAAUGGUUGCAUGUAGUUGCUGCUUAAGAUUGUGGUUUCCAUCUAUAUGUAAAACAAUAAACAUCCAGCGAUUGGAAGAAAAGUUUGGCUCCCAAUUUAUACAAAAAAUUGUAAAUAAUGGUUACAAUUUUUGUGGCUCUUGCUUAACAAAUCUUUACAAGGGAAAACUACCCAAAUUCUGGUGUGGCAAUUAUAAUAUGGUUCAUGCUGUACCAGAAGAGUUAAAAGGGUUAUCGAUUCUGGAAGAAAGGAUGGUAUCGCCAAGAAUACCCUUUAUGCAAAUCAGGGAAGUUGGAUAUGCCAGACAAUGCUACAUAACAGGACAAAUUGUUAAUGUACCAGUGAAUAUAAAUACAUCCACUACAUUACUUCCUAGACAUUUAGAUGAAACCCAAACUAUACAGAUUCAAUUAAAACGUAAAUUGGAUUAUAAAAAUGCUUAUCUAUUUGAAACUGUAAGGCCAAAUAUAAUCUUGAAGGCAGCUGAAUAUUUAUGUAAGCAACCUCUUUACCAGCAAGAAGGUAUAAAACUUUGUGUUUCAAAUGAUUGGGAACAAAAUAUUGAAGAUUUUAUAAGAACUCAAAGUGAUCUCUGUAAAGUAAAUAAAACAUCUGAGAUAUUGAAUAUUGAUAUUGAAAAAAUGAAUGUUGAUGGAGAAGAUACAUCUUCCACGAACGUAUUUGAGCCAGCUAGAAUACAAAAUAAUUUAAAUGAAAAGCGAAAUAUUUAUGAUUUAACUGAAUUUUUAGAAGAUGAUGAGCCUGUAAAUCCUGGUGGUCAAGAAACUCUUCUAGAUAAAUGUAACUCAGAAAAUAUUUGUUUCGCACCCGGAGAAGGAAAAACACCUCUACAUUUAAUGAUGGACAAAUAUAGUGAUGAAUUGUCAUUUCCAUCACUAUUUUGUGGAUAUGCAAAAGAAUGUUUUGUCAACUUUAGUUACUCUGAUGAAGUUAAACUUUUACUGCAACACAUGGAUCGAAGAUUUGCAAGAACUGAUUUUCUAUUAUAUGCAUUUAAAAAGUGCCAAUUGAUACAACUGACAAAUGCUGUUUACACAGCCCUUAGAAAAAAGAAGAAUGAGAAAGGGACAUAUACAGUUGGACAAGUUAGGCAAACAAAUUUUAUUGAGCAACUAAUUCGAAAUGACCAAGGCUUCCAUUUUCUUAGUAAGGUCAAAAAUUCACCUGCUUAUUGGAAACAAGAAAAAACAAAGUUGCUAUGUAUGAUUCGUCAGUUUGGAAUUCCAACUUUGUUUUUUACUAUAUCUGCGGCAGAAACGGCAUGGCCUGAAUUGAUUGCCAUAUUAGCAAAGGUGGUUGAUAAUAAGGAACUUAACCUUGAGGAAGCAAGUAAUCUACCCUAUAUCGAGAAGACUCGUUUAAUCAGAAAAGAUCCCGUAACAUGUGCUAGAUACUUUGAUCAUCGGUUUAAAUUGUUGUUUAAACAUAUGAAGAGUGCCAAUGGACCUUUUAAAAUGAACCCAAUAGAACAUCACUAUUAUCGGGUAGAAUUUCAACAUCGUGGGUCUCCACAUGUACAUGGAUUAUUGUGGUUAUCUAAUGCUCCCAAAUUAAGUGUGACGCCAGAGAGCUUCAAGGAAUGUGCUGAUUUUGCAAAUAAGUAUAUUACCUGCCAGAGUGACUUAGAAAGUGUUCGUGAUAUUAUUCAAUUUAAUACACACCACCAUUCUAAGUCAUGUCAAAAAGAUGUUAAGGGGUACAAAGUUUGUAGGUAUCAUAUCCCAUAUCUCCCAAUGGAUGAGUCUAUUAUACUUAUGCCAAUUAAUAUUGACAGAGUGAAGGAACCAGAACUACGUAAAGCCAUGUCCGAAAAGUAUUUUACGAUAAUGACCAAACUUAAUGCCAAACCAGAGUUAUCAUUUGAACACUUUUUGGCUGACCUUGGUAUGUCUAAAGAAGAAUAUAUAAAUAUUAUUCAGCACAAUAUAUUUAAACCAACAUUGUUUUUAAAGAGGCAGCCAAAAGACGGAUUUAUUAAUAAUUUCAAUGAAGAAAUCUUUUCCAUGAUGAAAAGUAACAUGGAUAUACAAUUGGUCUAUGAGCCAUACGGUUGCUGCUCUUAUAUUGUAGGCUAUAUCAACAAAUCGUCACGAGGGGUAUCCGACCUAUUAAUGAAGACAAUGGAGGAAAUUAAAAAAGGCAACUUAGAUAUUAAAAGCAAACUCAAGACUCUUGCAGCAGCUUUUUUAAAUGCGAGUGAGGUAAGUGCUCAAGAAGCAGCAUACUCAGUUUUGCAAUUGCACAUGUAUGACACUAGUACCUCUUACAUAUACAUUCCUACAAGCCCAAUCAUGGAAAGAACAAAAAUGCUAAAGAGCUUGGAAGAACUUAACCAGAUGGACAGUGAUGAUACCAACAUAUAUCAGGAGGGUCUAAUAGAACAUUAUGAAGCAAGACCUGACGAAAUGGAAAAUAUUUGUUUAGCAGAAUUCGCAGCUUACUACGAUUUUUUCAAAAAGGAGGCAAGCACGAAAAUCAAUGGUUUACCACUAAAAGGGAGGAGUGGCGUCUUAGUAAGAAGAAAGUGCGCUAAAAUUAUUUCGUAUCGUCGAUAUGGACUUCAACAAGACCCCAAAAACUACUACAGGGAGCAGAUAAUGCUAUAUCUUCCAUGGAGAAAUGAAGUAGAUGAAAUAGAACAAGACAGUAUAGAUCAACAAACUAUAUAUGAAGAUCGAUUUGAAGAACUUGCUGCAAACCGUAAGAAAUUUAAUGUGUUAGAUGAGAAAACAAUUGAUGACGCCCUCAAACUUGCUGAAGAGAAAUCUGAUUCAUUAGUACAUAAAGGAUUUGAUGGAGAAAUUGAUGGUGAGUUUGGUGUUUAUGGCUUAGACAAACCCGCAUAUGAUCCGUUUAGUUGUAUCGGUGAAGAUGAUGAUUCUCCGGCAAAACACAUAGUAUUUCCAACACCUCAUCAAAUAACUGACUUGGAAUAUGAUUCACUUAUACGUAAGCUAAACCAUAAACAAUACCAGUUCUUAAAUAUUGUGCAGGAUAAUAUAAUAGAGGGGAAAACUUUCUACUGUACACUCAGUGGCUCUGCUGGUACAGGCAAAAGUCAUCUGAUCACGGCUAUCACUCAGUCGCUACUUCGACAUUUCAACUCGAUACCAGGAAACAAUCCUACCAGUCUAAAAGUUUUGCUUUGCGCUCCGACAGGCAAAGCCGCUUUUAAUAUUGGAGGCAUCACCCUACACUCAGCAUUAUCUCUUCCGAUAUCUCAAUAUGGUGAAGAAUUAGUUCCGUUGAGCCAUGACGUAGUUAAUACGAUUUAUUGUAAUUUAUGUGAUUUGAAAUUAAUUAUAAUAGAUGAAUAUUCCAUGGUAGGCGCCAGAAUGUUUGACCAUAUUAAUAGUAGAUUACAGCAAAUAUUUAAAUCUGAUGCUGUCUUUGGUAAUAUCCCUAUUAUUAUGUGUGGAGACAUUCGCCAACUUCCACCAGUGAUGGACGUAUUUAUAUUUUUGCCAGUCAAAUCAAAUCCGUACAAGCAGCUAUGUGGCACAUAUUUGUGGGAUCAUUUUAAAUAUUUCGAAUUGACUGAGAUAAUGAGACAGAGUGAAGAUAAAGCUUUUGCUGUAGCCCUAAACAAUAUGGCUCUUGGCAAAAUGACUAAUGAGGAUAUAGAGCUCAUAAGAUCAAGAGAAAUUCAUACAGAUCUAAUUCCUGAAAAUGCAAUGCACCUAUUUGCCACUAAUAAGGAAGUAGAUGCGUUUAAUGAAAAAAAACUGUCCACAUAUAAAACAGAAAGGGCAGUAAGUGAGGCUCGCGAUAUCAUAAAAGGAAGUUGCUCUGAUCGCUUAAAACAAUUAUUUAUGGAACAUGCUAAAGGGUUAAAAAAAGAAGAAAGUUUUGGCUUAAUGUUAACAUUAAUUCUACAAAUAGAUGCCAAAUACAUGAUCUCCAUGAAUAUAGAUACUAGUGACGGCAUAGUUAAUGGUGCCACAGGUAUUUUACGCCAAAUAGACUAUAAUCAAAACCAGAUUCCUUAUCGAGUUUGGAUUGAGUUUUUCGACGAUAAAUCUGGGAAAGAAUGCAGAAACAAAGCGCAAUCCCUUAUGAAAUCCAAACAUAUUCCAUCCACUUGGACGCCAAUAGAAAAAGCCGCAAGAGCUAUUAAGAUUAAAAAAGGCAGCAACGUACAUGUUGAACGACUUCAAUUUCCUCUGUUAAUCAGCGAGGGAAUUACCAUUCAUAAAAGUCAAGGCGCAACCUACGAACAAGUUGCUAUCCAUAUUUCAAGUAGGAUGACCCGAAGCAGUACCUACGUUGCUUGUAGUCGAGCCACUAAGCUUAGCGGCCUCUAUAUUGUUGGAAACUUCAAGGCUCCAAAACCGCCAAACGAAGAUAAUGCAGCUUUUAAGGAAUUAGUAAGUAUGCAAACAAAUAAACUUAUAACAUCAAAGUAUGACACUCAAUUUAUUAAGGAUUCAAAUGUUAAAUGCAUAAUUGCUUACCAUAAUGUGCAGAGUUUCUCAAAGAAUAUUAGUCUUAUUAGUAAUAAUCCAAUUUUUAAAGACGCACAUAUAUUAAUAUUUGUUGAAACAUGGUUGCAUAAGAACAAACAAAAUUUAAAAUUAAAUAACUUUGAAGUUUUUGCCAAUUUAAUUAAUGAUCAAAGUGUCAGUAAACCUUUCGGAAUUAUUUGUUACAAGAAACUAGAUAUACCAGUGGAAAUAAAAUUAGUGAAAAAAUAUGUAAAAAACUUCUCUGGUAUACUUUUUCAAGCAAUUUCAUUUUUUUUGAAUGAUAUAAAUGUUAUAGCAGUUUAUAUUCCACCAAAACUGACUGUUAUAGAAGCAAAAAUUUGUUUAGACGAAAUUCUUAUUGGGCAACAAGGGGACAUUUUAAUCAUUGGAGAUUUUAAUAAGGAUAUUAUUAAUAACUGUGAUAAUGGUCUAAAACAUUGCUUAAUAUCAAAAGGCUUAACUUCAAAACUUGACAUUGGUGAGUCUACUACUAAAUCAAAAACCCAAAUUGAUUGGCUAUUCAGUAAUUUUAAUAAUUUAAGUCACAAUAUUUAUAACACGGUAUAUAGUCACCAUAAAUCAAUAGUGGUUAGUCUUUAUGACAAUGGUUUUAUUCCAAAGCGUCAGUUAGAUAAAGCGAACAACGAUGAUCUAACAAAAUCUCUUAUGAAAAGUCGAUUUAGAACUAGUCACACUUUAACUCAAAAUGUUUUAUCUGAUUCCAUCUAUCAAAAUGAAAGUGUAAAUAAUGACAUCGUAAUAGAUCUUAGUUCGGAUCAGGAUACUAUUCCUUAUGUAAUAAAUAAACCACCCGCAUUAGUAAACGAUGAUAAGGUGUCCUGUUAUGCAAAUAGUGUCAUUCAAUCCUUUUUAUGUUUGCCCGAAUUUCGCGCUUCUAUUUCAAAGAAGAAUACAGCAUUAAAUAACAUUUUAAAUGAUAUUUUGCUGAAAAAAAUUAAUUGCACUGCAACAGUUCGUCGAUUAGUAACUGGACCACAUAGUGACGAUUUUGCGGAAAAUCAACAAAAGGAUGCCCAAUCAUUUUGCCAGGCUUUGAUUCAAAAAUUAGAUGUUGAUGAUUUUGGGAUUUUUAUAAAAGCCACCACCUAUGAACUCUUAAAUUGCCAAAGUUGUGAUGUUUAUACAAAUGGGGGCGAACAACUGAUAUACACAUAUUUUCUUUAUUUUCCUGAAAACUGUGAUGACGUAAUUGAUUUUAAUUCGAUGUUAAUGUUAAAAGACUCUGAUAGGCUUUGCCCUAAUUGUAAUAAUUGUAAUCUAAGAACACGCUCAGUAGUUGUUUGCAUCAAAUAUUUAGUGGUGUGUCUUCAGAGAAUUAGUCCUCAAGGUAGUAAGAUAAACACCAAAUUUUUCAAUUUUGCCCCUGAAAGUAUACAUUUGGAUAAUCAAAUAUUUAAAGUAAGGAGUGUUAUUAGACAUCAUGGAAAUACCAUAGAAUCAGGCCAUUAUACUUCUUUAGUAAAUUAUGAUGAUCAAUGGUGGAAAUGCGAUGACAAUCGGAUAACAAGAAUAUCUAGCUUCGAUAAUACUUUAGAAGAUGUAUAUUUAUUAGUCUUGGAAAAAUGUUAAAUUUUGAAACUAGAUAUCAUCCUACAUGAAAACCGAUACUACUAGCCUAUACAGGCGACCACACAAGAUGAGGAAAAUUUUUUCAAAUCCACGCCACGCCAAUAUGCACAAAAUCAAUACAGAGAUUUUGACAGCAUAUUUUAGAAGGAUGGACGAAUUUGAGGAUAUUAAUGUGUUUUUCAGAUCCACGCCACGCCAAUAUGCACAAAAUCGAUACAGAGAUUUUGACAGCAUAUUUUAGAAGGAUGGACGAAUUUGAGGAUAUUAAUGUGUUUU